GCGCCACCGUCCGGCUCGCCCGCCACCGGCACAGACACGCCGCGGCCGAGCGUUCCGUGCGCCGCGCUCCGCGGAGCCAGAAUGGGGCUUCGGGCGCUGGGCGCGCUCCGGUCGCGGCGCACGUAAGAACCGAAGAGCGCCAGGAGCCGUCCCGCUGCCCGGAGCCCCAUCGCCUGGAACCGGGAGGAGAUGCGGGGAAUGUCGCCGCCUGUUCCCCAAGGAACCGCCGCCCCCGGGAUCCCCGGGUGCGGUGCGCGCCCCGGCCAGCAGCGCCCGGAGAAGACGGCGCUCCCUACGCCCGACCCGCGCGACCUGGGCAGCGCCGCGCGAGCCCUCUAGGCGACCGCAGGGCCACAGCAGCUCCGCCGCAGGUGUCCCUCGGAAGCCAUGACCCCCGGCGCGGGCCCAUGGAGCCAUGGCCUAUAGGGUCCUGGGCCGCGCGGGGCCACCUCAGCCGCGGAGGGCGCGCAGGCUGCUCUUCGCCUUCACGCUGUCGCUGUCCUGCACUUACCUGUGCUACAGCUUCCUCUGCUGUUGUGACGUCCUGGGCCGGAGCCGCCUUCUCGGCGCGCCCCGCUGCCUCCACGGGCCCGGCGCGGGCGGCCAGAAACUUCUCCCGAAGUCCCGCCCUUGCGAUCCCCCUGGGCCGACGCCCAGUGAGCCCAGCGCUCCCAGCGCGCCCUCCGCCGCCGCCGCGGUGCCCGCCCCUCGCCUCUCGGGUUCCAACCACUCGGGCUCUCCGAAGCUGGGAACCAAGCGGCUGCCCCAAGCCCUCAUUGUGGGUGUGAAAAAGGGGGGCACCCGGGCCGUGCUGGAGUUUAUCCGUGUGCACCCGGACGUGCGGGCCUUGGGCACGGAGCCCCACUUCUUCGACAGAAACUACGGCCGCGGACUAGACUGGUACAGGAGCCUCAUGCCCAGGACCCUGGAUACACAAAUCACCCUGGAAAAGACCCCCAGCUACUUCGUCACUCAAGAGGCCCCUCGCCGCAUCUUCAACAUGUCGCGACACACCAAGUUGAUCGUGGUGGUGCGGAACCCCGUGACCCGCGCCAUCUCAGACUACACCCAGACGCUGUCCAAGAAGCCGGACAUCCCCACCUUCGAGGGCCUCUCCUUCCGCAACCGCACGCUGGGGCUGGUGGACGUGUCGUGGAACGCCAUCCGCAUCGGCAUGUACGCGCUGCACCUGCAGAGCUGGCUGCAGUACUUCCCGCUGGCACAGAUCCACUUCGUCAGCGGCGAGCGGCUCAUCACCGACCCAGCCGGCGAGAUGGGGCGCGUCCAGGACUUCCUGGGCAUUAAAAGAUUCAUCACGGACAAACACUUCUACUUCAAUAAGACCAAAGGAUUCCCUUGCCUGAAAAAAACAGAAUCCAGCCUGCUGCCUCGUUGCCUGGGCAAAUCCAAGGGAAGAACUCAUGUACAGAUUGACCCUGAGGUUAUAGACCAGCUCCGGGAAUUUUAUAGACCUUAUAAUAUCAAAUUUUAUGAAACAGUCGGUCAGGACUUCAGGUGGGAGUGAGUUACCAACAUACGAAGCCUCCUUUGCGGGCUUCGCUCUCAGUUUCCUCUCCUUGUUCCCACCACGCCCAGGCUCCAUCUCCCUUUCCCAAUUCGAAUUCCAUCAUCCUGGAAUUCAGAUGCCCGGCGAAGGCCAAGAGACCACGGGGUCCCCACCACGAGCUCCCAGCAGUCUCUCUGGGCAAAGCUGACAUGCUUCCAGCCUGACCUGGAAGUUCCAGAAUCUUCUUCCCGUCUGGGCCCUCCGAGGCCUUGGCAGGGGGAAUUGCUUUAAGAGUGGGUCUCCCACAGUGACAGGAAUUCUCCAUGGUGACCGUGCUGUGGCUAUGAACAGAGCGGUCUGUCCCUGUCCCUGUCCACCCAGUAGGCGGAUUGCCGAUUCCAAGCAGCACAUCCCUUCCCUUGAGCUUAAUCCUCCUUCCCCCACCUCCAAGGGUCACCCUGGGUGGUGGGCUGGGAGACCAUCUUCAUCCUCCCCAGAUCCUGGCAGCUCUCUGAGAGCUUGCAGAGCUGGAAGUAGACACCACCCCAUGCCCACCCCCACCCCCAGCUGCUCCCAGGGCACAGAGCCUUGGCAGAGAAAGCAAAGCAGUGAUUUCCAAGCCUGUGGUCUCCACAGUGCUUGAAGGAGUGUCUUUGAGCAAAACUUCGUGACUUCUCCCCACCCCCACCCAGUCCCUGUGGACAAAAGCACAUACUUCUGCUGUUACGGGUACUUUCCUCACGCGAGCUUUCACGUUCAGCAUGCAACCGAACCAUGCUUGUCCAUGUGAAAUAAAUAC